GUUGCGAAAGCUAAAGCCAUGAAGACCCACGACUCUCCAGAGAAGAAGACAACAGGAUCCUCUGCUCCUUCCCGAUGGCACAGGGGCAGGUUUCGGCGCAAGCCCUCUUCACAGGUGAUGGUGAAGGGACAGCUUCGGAUGCGCUCCCCCUCAGGAGUCUUUGUAAUGGUGGGGAUCUCGGUGGUCCUCGUGGGGAUGACCAUUGCUGUGAUUGGAUAUUGGCCUCACCGUACAAAGUCUGGAAAUGGUAGGCCAGGGAACUCCAGUGACACAGGAGACAUAAGGAAGGAGAUCAGGGUUUCUCCCCAAGCUCACCCCUUCCUUCACAGUGAGAAACUGAAGCUCAUUGGACCCGUUGUCAUGGGUGUGGGACUUUUCAUCUUCAUCUGCGCUAAUACUAUGCUGUAUGAAAACAGAGAUAUGGAAACUCGCUUGUUGAUGCAGCAGGAACUCUAUUCUAUGGGCCUGGGACUCCCACAGGACAUGGGACCAGUAAGUGAUUACUUUCAGAGGAGAAGGACCACUUCAUCCACUCUCAGGGCCAAUGCUGAAUGUGUAGAAGGCUACUAUGAGGUGGACCUUUCUUCCAGUGGCUUCCAGUCUUGCUCCAGCCCUGUGAAGAAAUGGGUCAAUAGCUGCAGUUCCAGCAGGCUCCAGACCACUACCCAGUUCUUUCAUCACAAGAGCAUCUCACCUUCGCUUUCCCUGUUGAGUAUCCACACUGACUCCAGCAAUACCAUGCCAGAGAAUGGAGCCUUCUCCUUUGCUCGUGCAGGAGAGUCAGUCCUCUCUAAAGCUGUCAGUGCCCUGCCUUUGCCUCUCAUUAAACUUAACAACUGUCUUCUCGAAAAGCAGAGUGUCCAGGUCCGGGACCUGGAUGGCAAUUGUAGGUUGCCAGAGGAGAAGGAUGCAACCUUCCAGGCUCUUCUGCCCGGAUGCAACCACAUUGUGCCCAGAAAGGACAUGCAGAAAGGCAGCCACAUAGUCAUUGAUAUGGAUAGCAAGCCCCACUCAGCCACCUUGGUGGAUAAAUUCACGCAUCAUGAAUGUGCAAGGAGAGAGUUCCCAAAUUCAGGUCACUCUAAAUCCUUGGAUCUUGGCCAGCCAAGAACGGCAUUGGUGGCACUGAGUAUAGAUAGGAAACACAGGAGCUGGCCUAGGCUUGACCACAUUGGCCUACUCAACUAUGCAAAACUGGAAAGCCAAGGAGAAUCUUCUGAUAGGCUUUUGGAGGCAUCAAAAGAGCUUUGCAGGGUGGAGAGCAUUCCAUUAUCCCAGGAAAUUCCUAUGAAACCAGGUCCUGGUAUCUGAUCCGGUGCCCAAUGGGAACUGUGUUAUUUUGCUGUGUCAGGUUAGGCAUUGCCAGGAGGGGGCAGGUUGAUAAGUAUUUACAAUGACCAUCGCAAAGGUGGCUGCUUAAUUCAUCAGCCAAUGUCUGAGCCCAAACCCUGUUGCCACUGGUGAAACGCUUCGGAUUACUUUCUUCCCAAGGGCCUUUGGUUUCUUGCCUUAACUAAAAGUCUGAUUGACUGUGAAAAAUUUUGCCUCGAAUGGACUUAACAUUCCAGGUUGGAUAUGCAUGUGUGUAGGAACACACACACUAUGUGGGUCUGGGGGCCUGAAGUUCCAUGUCACACAACUGGUUGUCUAACAAUGCAUUUGUAAGGGCUGCAGGGAAGAGUAAGACAAUUGCUUGAUUUCAGAAAUGCUGAAGUGGUGCCUCCUAAAAUCCUAAAGACCUGGUUUUAAAAAGUCAGGAAGUUACACUUUUAUACAUGGAUGCAAGUUUCUGAAUUCUUUGAACUCAACUGCAGUUCCUGCCUGAAGUCUUUUAAUGCUCAGGUAGGAAUGCUAGUUGGUUUUUUUCCUUUUAAAGACAGUUUAAAUACACUUGUAUUGCUGAUCCCAUAAUUUGGAAUCUGAGAAAGCCAGUGAUUUCUAAAGU